AUGACAGAUAGCACGCCGGUUUAUUCUUUCACCAUCCCAUCGGUGUCUGACGGCACUCCUCUCGACUGCCGGCUAUACCACCCUGCCUCACUUCAGGAUGCACAAUCACCACAGCAAAGAACCAGGAAAGCUGCUCUUAUCGCACAUCCUUAUGCGCCCUUAGGAGGCUCGAUGGACGAUGCUGUCUUGACAACAGUGGUGGACCUAUUACUCGAUCUAGACUUCGUCGUUGGAACAUUCAAUUUUCGUGGUGCCGCAAACUCUCAAGGUAGUACCAGCUGGACUGGUAAAGCUGAGCGGGAUGACUAUAUCUCGGUAGCUGGACAUAUGCUCUUCUAUGUCAAUCAACUCCAAACGCCAGGGACCAAUGAUACGAGCCCUGCGCAACUCCCUGGUGAUGGUAUAUCAAGCACACCUUCCAAACAUAUCAGUCUAGUCCUGGGUGGAUACUCCUAUGGCUCGUUGAUCGUCAUGCAUCUCCCUCCAACAGCAGAAAUCUUAGCCAUGUUCCACAAAACACAAUCAUCGACCUGGGUGUCUGAGAUCCUACUACGGGCCAGGGAAAUGGCUUUGCAAACGAAUACAUCACUUUCUAAUCAGAUGGACAAUCGAGGUAGAGUCUCGGACACACCAUCACGAAGACAGCAUAAGCGUCAGUCAAGUUCUCAGCACUCCAUUGUUUACGGAGGUAGCGAUAGCCCUUCCCCUACAGACCACCACAGCAUCGAUCUCGUCCACAAGGGCAAGGACUUACCGGCACGAAUCAAGCAUGCCAUGCAUCUUCCUCGCACAAAGUCAGCUUCUUCGACAUCAACACCUUCAUCAUAUUCCUCAGCAGAUGGCAUUUCGGCAGAAGAUGCGCUAACAGUGGAGGGCCUACCACAUGUCUUGACACACUAUCUUCUAAUCUCGCCUCUACUGCCGCCCUUGUCUANNACUUUUCUCUCCCUCUCGACAUCAAGUUUCAUAUUCUGGCGACAAGCUGAUUUCACUACGCACAACUUGGUGCGGCAUCCUACGUUGGUAAUCUUUGGCACCAAGGAUGUUUUCACUUCUUCUCAUAAGCUCGAUUCAUGGUGCAAGAAGAUGAAGGAAACCUCAUUACAGGCUGCUGGACCAGAUGGGCAGUCGAGCUUUAGAUGGAAGAAGGUCGAGGGUGCAAGUCACUUUUGGAGAGAGCAUGGAGUGGAAGCGCAAUUGACGCAUAGUCUGCGAGAGUGGGUUCAUGAAGUUGUUGACUAG